GUCAAUCCGUGUCAGGGGCGUUUUCAUCAAAUCCGUUUGGAGUUCUUUCCACUUCGUUUCGCUAGCUACAGCCUUCUCCAAAACCGACAACGAACACCAGGUUGACGACCACGUAUCUGCAGUGAACGCAGCGUCCUUCUCCAAAAGAAGCAAGUCACCAAUGGAUGCCACAAUGGAUCUCGUCACACGCAUGUAUUCGGAAAGACCCCGAACCAUAACGGAGAGAGGCGAUUUGAUUUGGUUCCAUUCGUGGGAAGAAAACGAUUCCGCUUCGUUGAGUAGGGACUGUAGACGAUCAAAUUCUGCGUUGGCAACCCCAAAGAUCUGUGCCCAAACUUGUGCACAAUUGUUUUUAGAAGUCAAACRUUCGAGAAUAUAAAGACAUCGGUCGACACGGUUCCUAUUGCGUUUGGUCAUUGAAGUUCUGGUUCCGAUAAUGGCCUCAAAUCUGUCUCCAAGAUCGACAAUCUCGUCCGUAGACUGUGAUUUGUGCAAGACGUAUUUUGGAAGUUGCAAUGCUAACAAACAGAUUCGAUCGCGAAUACCGGCCUCCUCUGUGGAACUGUCUACAGAUGGAGUAGUGGUCACGUUCUCAAAGUCUCCCCAAUCGUCCUCGUCCUCGUCAUCCCCGAGCUUAACAGACUCCGAUAGCAUUUGUGCCGACUUCUGCACAUCGGCAGGGAAAGUGUUUUGAGACGAAGAAAAAUCACCAAAGUCCCCAUGCUGCUCUGUGCUCUUAGUUUGCGGAGUUUCAAGCACAGAAAAAUCUCCAAAGUCGGAAACAUCAUCGUUUUUAACUGAAUUGCUUUCAAUCGGAUCUGUUCGACUGACUGGCUCGGAAYUUUCAAAAGCACCAAAAGCAUCUUCUUGYACCUCUUGCAUGUGAUCUGCAUUUUGCUCUGCUGGUGUAGUGAAUUUUGCACUUCCAAAAGCACCAAAGUCAUCUUCCCCUGACUGCUGCGCAUGAUCUGAAAUUUGUUCUGCUUUGUCAUUAGGCAUCGCACUUCCAAAAUCACCAAANCCAAAAUCACCAAAGUCAUCUUCUUCUGCUUGUUGCAUGUGAUCUAAAGUUGGCACUGCUGGUGUAGUGAAUUUUGUACUUCCAAAAGCACCAAAGUCAUCUUCCCCUGACUGCUGGGCAUGAUCUGAAAUUUGUUCUGCUUUUUCAUUGGGCAUCGCACUUCCAAAAUCACCAAAGUCAUCUUCUUCUGCUUGUUGCAUGUGAUNCUGCUGGGCAUGAUCUGAAAUUUGUUCUGCUUUUUCAUUGGGCAUCGCACUUCCAAAAUCACCAAAGUCAUCUUCUUCUGCUUGUUGCAUGUGAUUUGAGAUUGGUUCUGCUGGAGCAGUAAAACUCGAGAAGAUAUCCAGGCUGUCGGAUGGAGAGAUACCUGUAUUUGGUUGGGUUUGAGGUGGGAAAUUAGCAAUUUCAAAAUCUCCUACUUCGGAUUGUAGGUUAGCACCAUCCCCGUGCGAAGGGACAUCAUCCUCAGGAGCUCUGAAGUCACCGAACAAGUCGGUACUUUCCUUCACAGACUUAAUUUGAUCGGGACUCCGGAAAUCUCCGAAGUCAUGCUCCUCUAUAGAUUGAGUCUCAAUGUUUUGCUCGGCACUUCCAAAAUCACCGAAAUCAUCUUCCACCUCCGGGCGAUUUAUCUGGUUAUGAUUCUUCUCGGCAGGUGUGACUUCAGCACUUCCAAAGUCACCAAAAUCGUCUUCUUCCGACGGACCAUCUUGGAUUUCGUUGUCGAUGGGAGGUACGACUUCGGCACUUCCAAAGUCUCCAAAUUCAUCUUCUGCCAUUCCAGGACUGUUUUCAUUGCAGUYUGCAGGAAUUGUGAGUUUGGCACUUCCAAAGUCCCCAAAAUCAUCUGCCUCGCUAAGUACAGUGCCUCGACGCUCAAUUCCUGAGGAAGAUGUGAAGUCAUCGCCACUAUCACCAACAUUCUGUGUUGUAGAACUUCCAUAUAGGUCGASUAUACUAGCAGUUGUGCCUUUGCUGGCCGACAUUCUGGUAUCACUAGUACCACCAAAAGACAUAAGUCCGGGUAAAGGUGCAUCGGGCACCUCUAGAUUUCCAAAAGGAUCCGCAAUAGAUAACGAAGGGCCAGUCUCUGUGAYAGCAGGUGUUGACAAAACAGUCGAAGCCUGGAGAAGAUAAUCAUCMCUUGUGCUCUCAUUUUUCAUAUCAKCUGACACAKAUCGUAAUUCCCCUUGUUCAUUUCGUUCGUUURUACCAUCCAUACUUCCUGAUGGAUGGGUAUCAGCUGUUUUGAAUCCUCCGAAACUAUCAUUGUUAUGAGUAUCGACAACACCAACCAGAUCUUUAGAUUCUACAUUUGGAUCAGGUGUUGCAGCCAGCAUUUCCAGUGAAGGCAAUGGCGCAUCUUCUGUUCCCAACGCAUCAAAGAUCGGGAUCUGACGAUCUGCAUCCGAUACAGCCAUGGUACCAGUAGACUCAAACGGUUCGGAUUUGUCAUGAGAUUUUUCUGGCGGUCUUUCGUCAUUCUCCAAAGGAGCGGCAUCAAAGUCUUCAAAUUCAUCGCCAUCACCAUCGUCACUUUUAGAUGAAAUACCCGCUAGGUGCUCUGGUUGUGGCCGAACCGCUGUAAAAUCUCCAAAAUCAUCAUUGGAUUCAUUUCUCUUUUUUUUGUUUUCUUCACUCGCUGAUAGACAACCCACAUUACUAUUGGCUGUCAUCAUUUCUAGUGAUGGCAACKGCCGAUCUUCUGUAGAAGCAAGUUCACCGAAGGCAUCAUCUAUUGAUAUAGAGCGAAGAUGGCCAGUACCCAUCAUACCUUUCGCAGGUACUAGAGUUUCAUCCACUCGUAUUGGCUCUGAAACCGUUCGACCUAUAUCUGUCAUACUCGGUGGGAGAKCACCUUCCAUAUUGAUUCCAACGCAAUCUGAUCCCAUGACAUCUGAUCCUGAUGAUAAUUCGUUGUUUCCGCCUCUAUCAGAGCUUGAAACGCCUCCAAAGUCACCAAACUCAUCAUCGCUGUCGCCGUCGUCCUUGGUUUGGUCAUCGUUUCUUUUUGGUUCUGAAGGUGCGGCUUCAACCUUUUCAAAAUUUCCGAAGACACCAUCGACMUCGUCAAGGUUUUUGUCUUCCAAAAUCGUAUUCGUUGCCAUAUUAUGUUGCAUCGACGGUAGAGUGGCAUCUUCCUGAACCGGCAUAUCACUAAAUGCAUCUGUGAUCGAUAGAGAAGAAGGUGCGCUGGUUGCAGGUAUCAUCUGGGGUGCUACAGCUACCAUGGGUUCUGACAUAGUCUUCCCGAGGUCUGUUACCAUCGGAAAAUCCACCGAUGYGAUCAGCGAGUUUUCUACUUUCUUUUCUCUGUUUUCAAAUUCAUCUUUGCUAUGAUCUGUUGCAUCUACCCCACCAUCAUGAAAAGUAGGUCCCGUUUCGAACUCACCAAACUCGUCGUCCUCCUCGUUCGCAGUACCUGUUGCAACGACAGUUUCCUCUGGCUUCAUUUGUUUCUCCAAGUCCGGCUGAAAACCAUCUCCAUUGCUACUACCAAGUGCAUUGAGUGAUGGGAGAGGGGCAUCUUGUACUGCACCUAGGUCUUCGAAGGCAUCCGAUACCGAUAGAGUUGACAUGGACGUGGGAACUAURACAGGAGUUGCAUUGUUGCCAGAAAUGGGUUCGGAAAGAGUUCGACCAAAGUCCGUAACAAACGGUUGCUGUUGUUGUGCACGUUGCUGGUUCAUGAAAGAGUCCCCACCAAAACUACUAACAACUGUAUUUCUAGGGGGUACUGGAAUAGAAGGGGCCGAUCCAAAAUCUCCAAAACCAUCGUCGUCGUCAUCAUUGUCAUGGGUAAUGCUCGCUUCCGUCGUCGUCAUCCCUGGCGUAGAAAUGCUAGGUGCCGUAGACACAUUGGGCGAUUGUUCUUUUUGCGGUGUUUGGAUCACACCUCCAAAUUGAUAUCCCUUAGAUUGCAAGACAGAAGGUUGCAACGAGAAAAAGCCACCUGACGCUGAAGUAGUGUUUGUAGCAUCAGCUAUUUUCUCUUCGGAAGAUGACUGCACAUUCAUGACCAAAUGACCGUACAUCGUCAUCAGCUGAUUGACAUGUGGAAUUGCAAUGUUCGAAAACACGGGCAGUGGUAGCUGUCGGGAGGCAUGCUGGGAUAUAGCCGAUCCCAUGAUAGUGGUAUCAUUAUUAUUAAGCAUUCCGGCUUGUGCCAUCGCCACCAAUCUCAAGAUGACGUGAAACUGAGAAAUGUUGGUCAAUGAACCGAAACUCUGGGGAUCCGCCACGGUCCAUAUUGCACGCAAAAUUCCUCGAUCGACGCCGCUUUGUGUCAAGAAAGGAACGGCGUUCCGUCCAGAGAUAUUGAUGUUUGUAUUGUUGGGGAGAGGAAUGAUUGUUCCAAAGACUUGGUUGGCAAGAUAGAGACUAUAUACCUGCUCGAUCGCAGUAGCUUCAUACACGCAAACCAUUYUUCGAUCGCUUUGUGAAAGUGCGUUGUGGAAACCUGUUGAUGUUUUGAAGCACUGAGCGUUCGAGUAUCGAGUGUAGUGCGUUUUUCCAACUGAAACAAUCCUKUUCGGUCAAGAUUCGUGCGCCCCUUCCCAAUUCAACUAUCUCUACGGCCAACUUCGACGACAGAACGUGCUCUGAAAUCGMUGUAACUCGAGCCUGUGACUUCGACUAUGCGUUCGAAUACUGCAAUYGUUAUCUACUGAUAUCACCAUGUAUGUUAGUGGUAGUACUCGUACUCGUAGUCUCGCAGUCAUUGACAUGGUUUAAAAAGUGAGGGAGCUCUUUCUCUUCAUCGUACUACCGGUAAGUAUGGUACGUACGGUACUUGUGCUUCUUGCACCGUACGAUUCAGGCCUUGUGAGAAAGGGUUCUCAAGAUUUUGUAAGUGGAGGCCGUCAUUGUUGACAGUCAUCCCCGAUUUUCAAAGAGAGAAAAAAUUGAAGUACGUACCGGUACCGUUCGCUUGUUAUGAACAUACAAUCGUCCUCCCCCAAAACAAUAAUAUUUACUUGUACCA